AUGGCAUCAACUGAAUACACGUGCGUCAGAUCCUCAUCUCAACUGUCAAUUCGGAAAGCUGACUUUUCCAGACCUCGGGCAUGGCUCGUCAUAUUUGGGGCCUUUGCUUGUCUCUUCUGCACCGUCGGGUUCAUGAACUCAUUCGGCAUAUUUGAAGAAUACUAUGGCAGGAACCAGCUUUCCUCAAGUUCAUCAUCUACCAUUGCAUGGCUAGGGGCUAUUUCAAUAUUCUUCCUCUUCUCCAUUUCCAUGGGAUCGGGUGCAAUGCUUGACAUAUUUGGACCAAAGAUCAUGGUUUACAUAGGCUCUAUCGGUACUGUCUUUUCAGUUAUGAUGGUUUCACUUUGCCAGGAGUUCUACCAAUUUCUACUUGCACAAGGAGUUUUGCUGGGCGUCUCCAUGGCCCUGGUAUCAUGGCCUAUGCUCGCGCUGGUCGGACAAUACAUCAAAAUUAAACGUGCAGCUGCGAUGGGUAUCGUACUUGCAGGCUCGUCCCUGGGUGGUGUUAUUUGGCCGAUCGCAAUUGACGGACUACUCAACAAUCCCAGCAUUGGGUUUCCGUGGACCAUGCGAAUUGUGGGCUUUAUUAUGAUACCUUGCUUCAUCUUCUCUUGUUCCGUUGCCAAAUCCCCAGUCGCACCCUCAAUCAGCGCAGAUAGUGAGAGAUGCGAGGAGUUGAAUGAUGAGAAGACCCCGGAACAAAGCGUCAAGCCGAAGAAUCACAGGGAAGAAGUCUUGAGUCUUUUCAAACAGCGUUCGCUGCAGCUACUGUGUCUUGCCAUGUUCAUCGUAUAUUUUGGGAUGUUCUCACCAUUCUUCUACACAACAUCUUUUGCUGUGGAAAAAGGUUUCUCUACAACCCUAGCCUUCUAUACCGUCUCCAUUGUGAACGGCACUUCAUUCUUUGGUCGGAUUCUCCCAGGUAUCAUCGCUGAUAAAUACGGGAAGUUCAACUGCUGCAUUCUGGCGACUAUAAGUGCAGGAGUUGUCGCGUUGUGCUGGACCAAGGUAGCAUCUGUCACUGGCCUUGUGAUCUGGUCUGCUGCGUAUGGCUUUGCGUCUGGUGGUAUCCUAUCUCUUCAGCAAGCCUGUGCUGCACAAGUUGCUAGCCGUAAUACUCUUGGCCUUGCAAUUGGAAGCGUUUCAGGAUCUACAGCUCUAACUGCCAUGGCCAAUAUACCCAUCAGCGGUGCUCUUGCUGAGAAAUACGGAUAUCUCUCAUUGUCACUAUUUUCUGGCGUAUCAUUGCUUCUCGGGGGCAUUCUUUUAAUUGCUGCUCGUAUGGUACAGAGCAAACAGCUUCGAGCGAUCGUCUGA